AUGGCACGGGUACCAUUCAUUGGCCGGCUCUUUUGGAGGGAAUACCUGGCCCUGUUCGGGUCCCUGAUACUUGUGGCCCUCGAGGUACUCGUUCGCAUCAUCACACUGGGCCUGCCUCAACCCAUCAUUCGAUUCUGCUACAACGCCUCCAAGAACGUAUUCAACCGACUGUCGUCGCAAAAGUCCCGGCAAGCCCGGUCCCAACGAAAGCAUACAUACAGUUCGAUCGCGACCUGCUCGGAUUUCACCGAACUCUGCGCCUUCUUUGGAUACUAUGCCGAGGAACAUGUUGUCCAGACCGGGGAUGGAUAUUUGCUGGGGGUCCAUAGACUUCCCUUUCGCAAAGGCGAGGAGCAUAGCGGGAUACAGGUCAAUGCAGGGGCCGACUCGAUCAGGAAACCCGUGGUAUACCUUCACCAUGGCCUCCUCAUGAAUAGUGAGGUUUGGGUUUGCCUCACCGAAGAGGAGCGAUGUCUUCCAUUCACGCUGGUGCAGCAAGGCUACGACGUCUGGCUGGGUAACAAUCGAGGCAACAAAUACAGCAAGAAAUCCACGAAACACUCGCCUAUAUCCGCACGGUUUUGGAACUUCUCCAUGGAUGAAUUUGCCUUUCACGAUAUCCCCAACACGAUUGACUACAUCCUCAACACGACUUCACAGCCCUCGCUCUCCUAUAUCGGUUUCAGUCAGGGUACCGCACAGGCGUUUGCUACACUAUCCAUCCAUCCCCAAUUGAACGAAAAGGUCAAUCUUUUCAUCGCCUUGGCACCGGCCAUGUCUCCUGCUGGUCUCAGCAACGGUAUCGUGGAUGCACUGGUUAAGACCAACCCUCACCUGUUGUUCCUUGCGUUUGGCCGCAAGUCAAUCCUGUCUUCCGCCACCAUGUGGCAAUCGAUCCUCUACCCACCAAUCUUCGUCCGCCUCAUUGACAUGUCUCUCUCCUUCCUCUUCGCUUGGUACGGCCGCAACAUCAGCGUGCAGCAGAAACUCGCUGCAUACCCUCACCUUUACAGUUUCACGAGCACAAAGUCCGUCGUGCAUUGGUUCCAAAUUAUCCGUAACAAAUCUUUCCAGAUGUACGACGACGACAGCUCCAACAGGUUUAGCAUUGGCGCCAGCAACCGAUAUUACAAAGUUGCCAAGUUCCCAACGAGAAACAUCAAGACCCCCAUUGUUCUCGUCUACGGGGGAAGUGACUCACUGGUCGAUAUCCGUGUCAUGCUUAGGGAGCUCCCUCGUCACACCAUUGCGACCGAGAUUCCUCAUUUCGAACACCUCGAUUUCCUCUGGGCCCAGGAAGUGCAUACACUGGUCUUCCCACAUGUGCUAGAAGCGCUCAGUUACUACGCUCAAGACGGUACAACAAAUGGCAUCCCAAAAGCUCUGGCUCUUUCCAUGAAUGACACGGCACAGCUCCACCGCCGGCAGAACAGUAAUAGCAGUGCCGUGAACUGGUCUGAAGAUGACUCUGCUGGCGGAUAUUCAGACUUUGACGGCGCGAUUGAUUCACCUCGCACCCCGCGAGUAAAGAGUUAUGCUCAGCAGCAGAGAGAGAGGCAGUAUCUGCACUCAUCGCCGGGCCAAAAUCAUUCGCCUUCUCAUUCCCCUCUGCAAUAUCAAUACCAAUAUGCCGCCCCUACUCCGAACAGACCCGUACCUGGAAGCUCGAUGACGUGGAUGGAAAGCUACUACAAAUAUCCCAAAAAGGAAACGCAGGGAAUGACCGAAGGUACCGGGACGAGUAGUGGGCUUAGGAAUCACACUGAAAUGGACGCAAGUCCACAGCCGACACAGCAAGAGACUGAAAGUCAACAGAGGCAGCAAGAACAGCGACAAGUGUAUGAUCAGAGUCCCAUGGGAACGCCACAACACGAACAGGAUGACGCUUCCCCAGAGCCCGGCUUUGGACGAGCAGUGUUUUCGACUUCUCGGGCACUACCUCUUGACAGCGACUCGACCAGUCCUGUUUCCACAAUCCGUAAUCGGAACAGCGGGUUUACCGGCCGUCCUGCGACUCCGGGGCAACAAGGUCCUCUAAACGCCGACGAAGACAGCGCGCCAGGAAGCGCCAGCGCGGGUAGCAGCGGGAACGGACACCGGCAACGUUCGACCUCAGCCGCUGGAAGCGUUUCGAAUACCAGCGGGCGCACGACGCCAGUAAGCAGAGGCACACCACCCAGUUUUACAGCAAAGGGAAUUCGUGUAGGGAGUUCGAGGCCGAGCGUGGGUGCCGCCAUGCCCUAA